AUGGAUAAGCAGCCUCAGAAGGUGGCUGUCAUCGGCCUCGGCAUCGCCGGCCUUGUCGCUGUCAAAAAUUUGCUCGAAGCCGGUUUCGACGUCACUGGGUUUGAGCGUAGUGAGUAUGUCGGAGGUCUUUGGCAUUACACCGAGCAAGACAAGACAUCAGUCUUACCGAGUAAGCACACAACCCAAAGCCGUACAGGAUGCGUCGCUGACAAGCCCGAGGCCGCCUUCACAGACUUCCCAUACCCAGAUUCCACGCCCAGCCAUUGCCCGUCCGCCAAAGUGGAAGAGUAUGUCGAGUCCUACGUAGACCACUUCAACUUUCGCGAUAAGCUUCGCUUGGGUGUAUCGGUAGAGAAAGUACGACGCGAUGUCGAGCGAAAUCGCUGGGUGGUAGACAUCCAGGGCUCUGGGCCUGAAUAUUUCGACAAGGUCAUUAUGGCAACAGGCGGAAACAAUCGUCCUCACAUUCCAAAGGUCGAGGGCGUGGAGCAAUUUGAAGGCGAGGUUCUACAUUCGCGCGCUUUCAAACGACCAGAACUCUUCGAGGGCAAACGCGUGGUUGUUGUCGGCGUCUCGAACACGGGCGCAGACACUGCAGCAGCUCUUUGUGGACAUGCCGAAAAAGUAUGGCUAUCUCGCAGCCAUGGUGUCAUAGUGAUCCCACGAAAGCGCGAUGGCAUCCCUUUCGAUCACACCCUCACUGCGCGCACAAUGGCCUUUAUGGCAAUGUUCGAGAGUAGAUUCCCUCUUCUAUACGAAAUCAUCUUCAAUGCAAUCUGCAAGAAAAUGCAGGACAACGCGUUCAAGAUGAGGCCCGAAUGGGGUCUUUCUCCUGCAGCUUCCGUACUGCACGCUCUGCCCGUCGUGUCAGAUAAUCUCAUUCCCCUGCUCGAAUCAGGCGACAUCACCUCCAUCCCAAAGAUAAAGCGCGUUACAGGACCCAAAGAGAUUGAGCUCACCGACGGAACGCGUCUGGAUGUUGACGCGAUCAUCUGGUGCACCGGAUACAAGGCAGAUUUCAGCCUCCUAGACGCCAGCGUCGAUCCCACGCGCAACACAACGCCAAAAUGGGCAGAAGCAAUCGGAUCUCGCGGUAAACCUCUCCCGCGAUUAUACCAGAACGUGUUUUCGCUCGAUCACCCGGACUCACUAGCCUUCCUGGGCAAUGUUCUCGUCGCAACAAGCGCAUUCCCCAUCAGCGAUCUCUGCACCAUGGCCAUCACUCAAAUCUGGAAAGGAAACUCUGCCCUCCCAUCAAUUGACGAGAUGAACCGCGCCACAGAUGAGCACCACGAGGCAAUAUGUAAGCUUGCCAACAGAGGCAGCGUGGUGCCUGGUUGGCUGCGACAGGCUGACUGGCUUGCGUGGGCUGAUAGGGCAGCUGGGUCACAAUACUCAGAGCAAUCCAUAAACAUGUCUCAACUCAAGAAUUACACAUACGAAGGCGUCGGCGAGUUUCUCACAAACUUCCUCAAUUACGCUCAAGCUGUCCGUGUCGGCGACCAACUGCAGCUCAGUGGUCAAGGCGGCUGCUUUAUUAAAGACGGCGACCUCGUCUUCGCAGAGACUCAACUUGAGCAAAUUGACUUGGCUUUCGAGAAUGUGGACAAGGCGCUGAAGGCUGCUGGUGGAAAGGGCUGGGAACAGGUCUUCAGGGUGAACUCGUACCACACGGAAAUCACACCUGAAGUCGGACAGAGAAUGGCGGAGAAUUACAAGAAGUGGAUGCCUAAUCACAGGGUCAUUUGGACGCAGAUUGGAGUGAGGCAGCUUGGUGUUCCGACCAUGUACUGUGAGAUUGAAGUGUCGGCUUAUGACCCGGAUGGUGCAAACAAGGCUUGA